AUGCUUUUAAAAAAAAACUUGUCACUAAAAUGGGUGUCACCCAAUUUUGUGAAAAAAAAUCCAAAGACCUUAUCUUUGAGGUUCCUAAGUAAUGAUGUAAAAAAAAACAUAAUACAUAAUAAAAUAAAUAAUGAGGAUGUAGAUAAAAAAGAGAAAAAUAAAUUAAGUGAAAAAGUUGAAGAAGUAAAGGUUUCAAAAGAAGUAUGUUCUAAUGCAUUAUUUAAUGAAUGCUUAGAAGAAUUAUAUAAAAUGAAAAAAAAAGUUGAUAGUAAUAGUGUAGAAUAUGAUAAUUCUCCUGCUAUAGAUGAAUUAAAUAAAGAAGAAUUAAAGAUUACUAAAAAUAUAUUUGAAAGAAUAAAUAAAAAAAAAAAACAUGUAUCUAAUUUAAGUUAUAAAGACAUAUAUAUAGAUCCAUAUUGGAAUCCGUUUAAAGAAGUAAAUGAUUUAAAAAGAGAAAUAACAUACGAAUUUAAUGAAUAUUCAAAACUAGCUAAUAUAAUAGAAUUAAAAAAACAAAAACGUGCAAUUAAAAAAUCAUUAAAAGAACAAUAUAAAUUAUAUAAUCCAUAUUCUGAUGAAUAUACUAAAGAAUAUAUUUCAAACGAUCUUGAUAAUCAUGAUAAAAGUGAAAAAUAUUGGAACCCCUCUUUCGAUAAAAGAAAAAUUUUAAAUAUAAAAACACCAUUUAUUUGGCGAUAUACACAUUUAUUACAUAAUUUUAUUGGAGAAAAUGGAUUAAUAUUACCACGUAAAAUAAAUUAUACUACAAGAAAACAACAAAUACAAAUUUUUAAAUCUAUUUGUAUAGCUAGAAGAAUGGCUUUAUACCCUUACGAUAGAAAACCAACAUUAGAUGAGUUGAUCCCUCUAAUGGAUCCUAUGCAACUACUUGUUGAUGAACUAACUCAUAGAUAUAUACAAAAUAAAGACUUACGAGCCCAAGCUAUUCUUAAAGUUAUGAUUAACAAGUAUCCCUUAUUAAAUUUUUAUAAAUACUUUUGCUUUGAAGCAAAUAAACAAAAAAUGUCUCAACAUUCUCAGCAAUCUGAUGAUGUACAUAAAAAUGAAUUGACGUCAUUAAAAAUGAACAAUGACCAAUCCGAUAAAUCACAUACUCAAUCAAAACAUAAAAAACAACAAACCUUUUCAAAAAUAUUGGAAAAAUAUAAAAAGAAUUAUUUUGAAAAUUCAUUUAACUAUUAA